CCUCUGUCAGUGCAGCUGAGGCAAGCUUUUGCUAUGGCGCAGGGGUGGGCCGCACAAAUGGCAGCGAGUUGAAAUACGUAAAAGCAGUCAAUAAGAAGCACUUAAGAAGAUGGGCUAGGUCCGCGCGCGCGCGGAUAGCCGGAGCAGCGCCGUUUCUAGCGUGAUGUAAGGCACUAGCGCUCAGCCGGCGCUGUUGCACAGGUUGCCGUUCAGAGCGCCAGUGGUGGCGUGCAGCACAAGGCGGGUAGCCAGUUAGCUCGUCAAUAUAGUGCGCACGACGUCACGGGGCGCUGCGCGACUCGAGACACCGGAAAAGACACCUGGAAAACGACGGUGUCGCCAGGACGCUCGGCGGCGCGUCGCACACCUGUUGCGCGCGAGGUCCGGGCACCUCAAGACGCCAUCGAGGCCACAUGCGCCUACUAUACAUACGAUUCAUGCUCCUUCUCCGCAGCGCGCGGGCGCUGCACCACAUCGCGCGCCCGGCGCUGCGCCGGACGCACCUCCUCGCGACGCGGUCCGAGCUCGAGGCGCUGACGGUGCCGGUGCUCAAGGACCGCCUGCGGUCGCUGAGCCUGAAGGUCGGCGGCAAGAAGGGCGAACUGGUCGAGCGGCUGCUAGAGAGUGAGCAGAACGGCGCCGCCGCGGCGGAAGCGGAACCGGUGGUCGUGGACGGCGUGCGCGUCAUCGACGUGGGCGACGACUACGACUGGGGGUUCGAUGAUGAUGACGACGGCGACGAGGACGCCGGGACCGACAUGGCGGACCGCCUGGCGCGCGCCUCGGCCGGCGACGUCGGCCACGGCGGGGCGCGCGCGUCCCACGACGAGCGCCGCGGCGCCCCGGAUUUUGCUAUUGAGGUCGGCGCCGGGAACUGCGGCGGCUGCGGCGCUCCGUUUCAAUGUCAGGACGAGGCGCGGACGGGCUACGUCCCGCCGAGCGUCUACGCGCGCCUGAACCUCGCCGGCGAGGACGACGACUCGCCGGAGGCCGAGGUCGAGCGGCUGCUCGCCGAGGCGCGCGCUGGGCGCCAGGAGGCGGAGGUGGAGGUGGACGAGGAGGACCUCGCGAUGGACGAGGAGGAGUUCGAGGAGUUGUUGCAGGAGUUCGAGGCUGUGUGGAAAUCAAGUUCUGCUCGAUGGCGUGGAGGUUCACGAAGAUAACCUAACUUACUGCUUGAUCUCCACACAGGCUCGAGGAGGAGGAGCUCGAGGAGGCCGAGGCCGCGGACGUGCGCCGCUUCGAGCGGGCGGAAGCGAAGCGCCAGCGCAACGCCGUGCCGAUCUGCCAGCGGUGCCACGGCCUGCGGCACCAGAAGAAGGGCGGCGAGGCGACGCGCGCGCGGGCCGGCGCGACGGACGACGCGCUCACGCCGGAGGCUUUUGAGAGGCUUAUAAUUGAUGAGGUCCGCGACCGGCGCGGCGUCGUGCUCCUGUUCGUCGAUUUCUUCGACGUGGAAGGUUCACUCGCCUGCUGGCGCAAGUUGGGGGCCCUCGUGGGCCACAAGCGGCGCGUGCUCGUCGCGGCGAACAAGUGCGACCUCCUGCCCAAUGAUGUUUCGCGAGCGCGCGCGUUGAGCUGGGUCGUGCGCCGCUGCAAGGAGACCGUGCCCUACUUGCGGGACAACCUCAAGGAGACGGACGUGCAGCUCGUGAGCUGCCGCUCGGGCCAGGGUAUUGGUGAUUUGCUCCAGGACGCGCGCGACGCCGCGGCGCGGGCGCGGGGCGACGUUUUUGUUUGCGGGGCGGCGAACUGCGGCAAGUCGUCGUUCGUGAAUAGGGCGGUGGGCGCCUACUCCGGCGGCCAAAACUACAAGGGCGUCAAGGCCUGGGGCGUCACGGCGUCGGCGUCGCCGGGGACGACGCUCGGCGUGGUCAAGAUCAAUCUUAGGGAUGAUGGCCCCGACGUCUACGAUACGCCUGGUCUGUUGCAGCCGGGUGCCUUGGGGACGGUUCUGACGGAGGAGGAGCUCCAGGCCAUUACGCCUAAGAAGCUCGACGUGGUCACGCUCCGUGUGAGCGAGGGGCAGUGCGUGCUCCUCGGAGGACUUGCCAGGGUCGAGGUCGUCGACGCGCCGCUCGGGGCAUUCUUCCUCCGUUCUACGUCGCGCCGACGCUGACGCUGCACCCGACCUCCGCGAAAAACGCCGACGCGGCGUUCCGCGAGAAGCACGCGGGCGGCCUGCUCUCGCCGCCCUUUGAUAGUGAAAGAGUGGCCGAGCUCGGAGACUUUGAAUCUCACACGGUAGAGAUCGACGGUCGGGGCUUCGAGGGCGCCGCGGCAGAUGUGACGCUCGCCGGGCUGGGCUGGCUCGCCGUCUACGGCUCGGGCCGCUGCUCGCUGCGCGUGUCGGCUCUGCCCGGUGUAGCCGUCGCGACGCGCGAGCCGCUCCUGCCGUUUGAGGAUCUUCGACGCACGACGGCGAAGUUUACGGGCGGGCGCGUGCUGCGGGGGCAGAGCAAGGCGAAAGGAAAGAAGCCGUCGCGGCGGCGAAGGCGGUAA